AUGGGCAAUACACACAGUGCUCGUGUUCUAAAUAUUUUGUUGAGCUGGGCUGAGAGCAAGAGCAUUGUGUUUCUGACGUGUAAUCUGUGUGCUGUUUUCUUGCAGACAAUAAAGCUAACUUCAGGCGUGUGGUACUGGAAAGAUGAUACUAAUACACUUGAAUUUGCAAGCUCCAGUCCAGCAUCUCAGGAAAACCUUAAGGAAGGAAAAAAUACUUGCUUUCGCGAAAUAUGUGUCAAGACAUUAAAGAGCAUCUUCCAAGAUGAAUGCAGCGCAACGCUCCCUGAAAAAAGGCUGGCUGACAAGGAGGAAAAAAUCCAUAGGCUGUCAAAAUGGGUACAACAUGAAUAUGUGACGUUGGAUGAUGUCAAAUAUGUUGCUUUACUUUUGAAAGAAGAAGAGUCAGAGCGCAUGCUACCUUUUGCCACAGUUAUGGGGAAUAAGAAACUAGAUGAGUUCCUCAUGGCCCUGCUUUUCUACUUAUCUUUUUACCUGGAAAAAAUUGCCCUGGAAAAGGAAACCACAUCCUUGAUUUCGACUAUGAUUUUUCUGGAGAAUAAAGAAAUGGAUGAUGUGUUGGUGAAGUUAGCAGUGGCCAGGAUUUACCUUGCCAAGGUCUACAGUAACUUUAUCCUCGGAAGAGGCAUGGCACAGCGGAGCCACUCGCCUAGAGGAAAGAGAACAACAUCAUUACAGAAAGAUCGGAACUUCUUUGAGGGCUUCUACAACUUCUGCAGCUAUGUGGCUUGGCUUGUGUUCAGACGGAAGCACUUCCAAGUGAUUCGGGAAGAAAUCGGCAGGCUUCUUUGCUCUGACAUGUUCAAUCCCACCUUAAGAGACAAGAACAAUUUCUUGCAGGAUGCAGGCAAGAGGACUGCUGAUGCAGAUGCAGUGAGAUUGCCAUGUCAGAGGCAAGCCCAUGCCAAGCAUCCACACAUAAACAGCAUGGUUCACCAGCGCUCGCCCGUGCUCAGCACGCUGCUGCCCUUGCCAAAGGAGAGUGCUCAUUACCUCUCCCAGAACCACUACUGUCGGGGCAGGGACCCGCGCCCCUGCUCGUGUGGCAACCUGCCGGACUUCUCACAGCUGUUCACUACCAAGGUGGGCAUCAUUGGAGCUCAUUGUAGUGAGUUAAAUUCCUGUAUGCCCAAGUCUGACGGGACAAUGGAGGAGGACGAACAAGAACAAGAAGAAGGACAAGAACAAGAACAAGGAAGACUAAGGAGUUGUUCCUCUGUCCUGACAAAUGGCCUGAAUCAGCCACCUCUGUGAAGCCCUCAAAACAGGCUUAGUAGUGAGAGUGCUGUAUUCUCAAAAGCAAUGGCAGAAGAUGAUUGCAAUCUGAACAUCUUGCAUUUGCUUCCAUUGAGUGGCAUAAUUUCGCAUUGCUAAGUAAAUAAUUUUGAAAUUGCAGAUUAAAAGGCAAAAUCGUUUGUCAGAAGUGGGGUAGUUUUACACACAAGGAUCUGUACUGGGUGACUGAAGAACUGGACUGUAAUUCCUGUUUCUGGCACUAACUAUUCCUCUCAUCUUAGUGCUUUCAUUGCACAAUUUCUGAGAAGACUAUUUUACUGACUUACUUUGGGAAGUGCUUUGACACCCGCAGAUGAAUAUGAUUAUUGAUUUUAACGUCAACCCUCUUUUUCUACAGGGUUAGCAAAGCAACGAGGAGACAGGACUUACUAUAGUCUAAAAGUUCCUGGAACUGUACUUUUAAAGGAAAUUACUCUUGAAUCUUUACUAUAUUGAUUAAUCAUUUUUUUGGUUUCCAUCAUCUCUCACUUUGUUCUUAGCCUGAUUUAUGAUUCAUUGUGAAAAGAGUGUAGCAAAGAGGAACACUGUUUUUUUAAAUAUCUACCAACUUUCAUUUUAUCUUUUUAAUAAUAUAUAUAUUAUUUUUAUCAUUGAUUUUACAUGAUUGGAAAAGCAAAUCUUAGAAGUUCAAAAUCAAAAUAUGCAGAUAGGUUGUCAAUAUCUUGAAACAUAAUGCGUUCAUGAUAAGAAAUCAUGUAUCACUUUACCUACAAGACUGAAUAUCUGUGCUAAUCAUUAGCAUCAGGAGGAAAAAUUAGGAUGGAAUCCUGGCCUUUGCAUAGUCCAUAAGAAUCAAUGAAAAAAAAAAAAAAAGGAUGAUUAAAAAGUGAAAGAAAAGCUGAGAGGUAAUAUUUUCAGCAUUUUUAGAAGUUUGCUGCAUAAGUGAUGGUUUGGAAGUUUUUCAGUGAAAUGUAUUUCUGCUAGAUAAAAAUAACACCACAAUUUUCCCUUGCAAUGUGUGGUUCAGUCUUUGAAAGGAUGAAGGUUUGCACUGGAAUUUUCAUGAGGAACUUAACUUCUGCAGUUACCAAUAGUCCAGGGACUAGGUCACUUACGUGAGACGUUCUUGAACCACCUUAUUGAGACAGACAUUUGAACUGCAGACUCACAGCUGUUAUUUAGUCUCUUCACUUAGGCUGGCACAUGUUAUUUUAACACCUAAAUGGCAUUGUGGCCUAGGCUUGUUUUCCAUGUGUCAGCUGAGUCCUUUUUUCAUGGGAUGAGCUGUGGCCUGCAGUUUCUCUCUCAAGAUUUUCAGUAGACAGCUGUUCUUGUAGAAAGCAAAAAUGUGUUUGAAAAAUCUCUUUGAAAUUUUGUGAGGCAGAAAAUACAUUAUCUCCUGAAGG